GGGGGGAGGGGAUGGCGGCUCCGGGAGCGGACCCCUGGGACCUGGGGGUGAUCGGGGGGUACUUCCUGCUCGUCAUGGCUGUGGGGCUCUGGACCCUGCGCAGGCGCGGUGGGCGGAGCCUCUCCGGGUAUUUCCUGGCCGGACGCAGCAUGACCUGGGCCCCGGUGGGGGCGUCGCUCUUUGCCAGCAACAUCGGCUCCGGGCACUUCGUGGGGCUGGCGGGGACGGGCGCGGCCGGCGGCAUCGCCGUGGGAGGCUUCGAGUGGAGCGUGAGUCGCGACGUGGCCGCCGUUUAUCGCAUGGCGGGGACGGGCGCGGCCGGCGGCAUCGCCGUGGGAGGCUUCGAGUGGAGCGUGAGCACCAUGCCCGAGUACCUGGGCCGGCGCUUCGGCGGGGGGCGGAUCCGGCUCUACCUGGCGCUGCUCUCCCUGGGGCUCUACGUCAGCACCAAGAUCUCGGUGGACAUGUACUCGGGGGCGCUGUUCAUCCGCGAGGCGCUGGGCUGGGACCUCUACGGCUCCGUGGGGGCGCUGCUGGGCGUCACCGCGCUCUACACCGUCACUGGCGGGCUGACGGCGCUGAUGUUCGCCGACCUGCUGCAGACGCUGAUCAUCAUCGCGGGCGCCUCCGUGCUGGCCGGCUACGCGCUGGGCGCCGUGGGCGGGUACCAGGGCCUGCUGGAGCGCUACCCGCUGGCGCUGCCCCCCAACGCCUCGGGGCCCUGCGGGCGGCCGCGCCCCGACGCCUUCCACCUGCUGCGGCACCCGAGCACCGGGGACCUGCCCUGGCCGG